AUGGAUGCCUCAGAUGAAUCCUUAGCAGCAGUGUUCAAUGCGUUGGAUUCAGAAAACAAGGGCUACAUCACGGUUGACCAGUUUGUGUCAACUUUCAGUGAAUUUUACCAGUCAUCAGAUCAAAGAGGUCGAAAAAUUUCGACUGCCCCAUGUGGCGUGGAGCAGCUGCUGCUGAUCUUGGAUCCUGAGAACGACGGAAUCAUCCAUUAUCAGGAUUUUAAACGAGCAUUUCAGGAGGAUUUGGGUUUAGAAGAAUCGGGUGAUCAUGGUCACGAGCCGUACGCGCCAUCUGGCCCGGAUUUUAUGACCUCAAAUUCCCGCUGUUUAUCGGACGGCAUGGAAAACAAGACCGAUGACAGCGGAGUCCACGUUCACGACCCGAUGGCAUUCGAUUUCGAUAACGAUUCUUCUUUGAGCACUGACGGAUUUAAUGGCACUCAUUUGUUGCGUGAUGAAGGUCGUCGAAGUUGGCCAAAACACAGGGGAGGACCGCACUUACAUAGCACUGAAUCACCCGGUAGCGCUUCGAGGUCAGACAUUCUGGGGGAUGUUGAAUCCAAUUUUGAGCUGCUUCACGAUCGAAUGAAACGCAUGGAAGCACAAGUGGAAAACAUUAGCAGCACCAGGUCAAACGGAGACGAGUCUCGAAUCAAUCGCCUGCGUGAGGAAAAUGCACGUUUCUCUGCACAGAUUACGAUUACCAUCCGGGAAGGGCGUCUCAAGGAAGCGGAAGCUCGUGAAUUGCGAAACGUUGAAGCCGAGCGACAACACCUGCAGUCUGUCAUCACCCAGCGAAAAAAAUCCGAAGAUCUUGCUGAAGCCCAUGAACGCAUUGAGUCUUUGAAAGAGGAAAUGAAAGAGAUGGAGGAGACCUACAAUCAACAGAUGGAAGUUCUUCGUCGAGAUCGGGACCAUGCCGUCCAUGUGCUUGAAGAAAUGAACAACUCCCUAGGAGACCGCCGCCGUAGCCGUACUAGCCCCGGGUCUCCGGUUGCCAAUACAGUCGCCAGUGGGUCCGAUCUUCUGAUCAGAUAUCAAGAAUCCCAGGAAGUUGUACGACGAAUGAUUACAGAGAAUAAGGAGUUGCGACGUGAAGUGCAAGAUCUCCAAGACCAACUUGUUGCGUUGUCCCUGGAUCAAGGCCGAAGCUUGCUCAAACCAACCGAAAAGAGCUGGGCCUCCGAAAUCGAUACAAUGACUAAAGAAGAGGUUGUUGAACUUUGGACCAAGGAAAAGCAUGCCAACCAGCAACUCCGACAAUACAUUGACACCCUUAUAACUCGAAUACUCGAACGACAUCCUGCCUUACUAGAAGUUGCUUCCUCGGUUGGUCGAUGAGCUUUCCAAAUGGGAAACUCAUGUCCUAUUUUUCCUACUAAGCCUGCCCUGUAUUUGCUCAAUUAACCAAUACACUGUGACAGCUGACCGAUUAUGUCUACCUUUUCAGAGCUUCUAUAUAACCCAUCUUUUGUGGCUAAUACUUCUACCGGCUGUGAAGUUCAGUAUCCAGGUCAGUGUUUUCCGCACCCACCUUUUGGUGCACACAUCCAUCGCAGAACUACGUCUGACAUAAUGUUAACCCUAAUCUCCUUCUUGUAUUCAUUUUCUUUACACACCUGUGAUACUCCUUUUCUCGACCCACCGGUUGACCUGAUCCUGUCAACAAAGUGAGAUGAGUUUUGUAAUCAUCUCUAUGGACUCCUUUCUCUCCUCAGGUUUUCUCAAACCUGUCGGUUCUGCGAACUUCAUCUAUUCGAAAACACUGCGCCAUUUCCUUGUGUAUAGUUAUUUUUAUCGAAUAUGAACGAACACAGAUCACAU